AGUUGGAAAUACAUUCGCCAACCCGAGUACUGUUAACCCGGUCUUUAUCUUGCGGGGCAGGACAGUAAAUGCAAAACCCGCCCCGAGUUCCCCAUUUCUUGUUCGUAGAAGAGCGCGUUUGGUUCACCGAAAACAAAAAGGCGAAGUCAUGCGGUCGUUGUACUUGCGUUGGGUCUUCUCCACAAACAGAGACUUUCCAGUCAGAAGUUUCUGGAUUAGCGCCGCCAGUCGGAGAAUGGAUAAGAAAAGAGAAGCAAGUGAAAAGGAGAGUGGAGUUAAAUUCAAGCCUCAAGUUUACAAAUUGCAACGACUCAUUGAGACUGAUUCCUCUGGUGGUUGGGAGAAAUGCUGGGAGCAAGGAGUGACCCCAUGGGAUUUAGGACAACCAACACCCAUUCUGUUGCAUCUUCAUCAUACAGGAUCCCUUCCAAAGGGCAGGGCUUUAAUCCCUGGAUGUGGCAGUGGCCAUGAUGUGAUAGCAAUUGCCUGCCCAGAACGCUAUGUUGUUGGGUUAGACAUAGCUGAAAAAGCCGUUAAGAAAGCAGAAGAGUUAUCUUCCUCGUUACCGAAUGCAAAUUACUGUACACUCCUAAAGGCCGACUUCUUCUCUUGGCAACCAACUGAGUUAUUUGAUCUCAUUUUUGAUUAUACGUUCUUUUGUGCCAUUGAACCAGAGAUGAGAUCACAAUGGGCAAUUCGAAUUCAGGAUCUCUUAAAACCUGAUGGGGAGCUCAUAACACUGAUUUUCCCUAUCGAUGAUCAUCUUGGUGGACCUCCAUACAAAGUAUCAGUGUCCGAUUAUGAAGAGGUAUUGUGUCCCAUCGGUUUCAAGGCAGUAUCCAUUGUUGAUAAUGAAUUGGCUAUUAAAGUUCGACUGGGAAGAGAGAAGCUUGGAAGAUGGAAGAGACCUUUGACACAAUGUUUGCUAUAAUAACCCGAAGAUCUGCAUCUUUCAUUGAAGAACAAUCUGAAAACUAAUAGAUACUGAUCCUGUUUGAACAAUUACCAUUAGCUUUUUGUCUCUUGGUUACACAUUUCGUUCUGUUUGUUAUUUCUCAUGUUUCCAAGGAGCACCAAGGACAUUAGUGAUGCACCUCUGUGCAUGAUUCAUGGUGCUCAAGCUGUCCUGUGGAACAUGCAUGGAUGACUUCUUUUUGUAUCUCUGGCUGUAUAUAUUUCCCUUCCAGCUCUUUGAGAGUAUGGUCUUUCCCUGC